AUGUUCAAGAAAAGAACAAUAAACCGCGAGCAGAAAAGAAAGCAGAUCGAAUUGUCCGAAGAAUCCGCUGCUGUAGAAGUGUCUGAAUUUGGCAGCACUCCCAAAAAGGCAAGAUCAGAGCCAGUACUCGUCAAUCAGAACUCAUCAACCAGCGCUGUGAACGCCACCGAACUUGAUAAAUCAAAUAGAUCGAACGACAAUUCAGAAAUACAGAAUAAAUUGGAAGGAGAUAGAGACCAGAACGAUAAAAAUGCCACAAGUGCGCUAAACAAAGAAGAACUACAACAACCCACUGGCAAACCAGUCAAAGCUGUUGGUCCAAAAGCCCCUCCCAAAAAUAUCCGAGUCACCACCUUGACAGAUUUCCAGCCAGAUGUGUGUAAAGACUUCCAGCAGACUGGCUAUUGUGGAUACGGCGAUACUUGUAAGUUUCUCCAUAUUCGAGACGAACUGCGACAGAAAAAGGUGAUUGCCAAGGAGUGGGAGACCGUAGCAGGGACUGGCACGGAGAAAAAAGAAAAAGAGAUCCCGUUCAAGUGUCCAAUUUGCAAGAACGACUACAAAAACCCUGUUGAGACGCUAUGUGGGCAUCAGUUCUGCCGUGAUUGUUUCAUGAAACGAUACAAGGAAAAAAAGAAAGCCAAAUGUUUUAUUUGCAAGACCGAUACUGGUGGAGUGGUGCAGCCGGUCAAGAUCAAAUGA